AUGGCCCCCGUCCGCCGCUACCUCCGCAUCACCAAAUACUCGGUCCUCGAAUGCCGCAUCUACCUCGACAACCCGGCCCUCGCCGCCUCGUGGCUGCUGCACCCGCGCGACCCCGUGCUGCCGCGCGUCAUGGACGCCGUGCGGCCCCUCGUGCUGCCCAAGCUGCGCGAGGAGCAGGCCCGCGCCCGCGCCCACCGCAAGAAGACGACCAAGCGGCGCCAGAUCAAAGACGUCGUCGCCGGCGACGGCUUCGAGGUCUCCGUCUUCCUGACCGAGACGCCGACGCGCCACGCCCUGCUCGCGAAGCAGCGCCGCUUUCGCGACAAGGGCGACAAGGGCGCGGACGACGCCGCCCGCGGGGGACCCGGCGUGCAGGGCCGCCUCAUUGCCGAGACGAAUGCCGCGCCCGUCGACGUCGAGGCCUUCCUGGGGCGGCAGCAGCAGAAGCAGGAGCAGAAGCAGCAGCAGCAGCAGCAGCAGCAGCAGCAGGGCACCGUCGUCAUUCGCGAAGAGUCGGAUGACGAAGAUGCCGUGGCGGCGCUGGCCGAGAUUCCCACGCGCCAAGACGACGCGGCACCGCCUGCGCGACCCGCCAAGCGACGCCGUGCCUUCUCCCACACGGGCGUCCCUGGCGACGACGAGUUUGCGUCGACAUCGGAUGACGAGCCUGGCGGUGAGCGGGCCGACGAAAAGACCGACGAAAAGGCCGACGACAAGGCCAACGACGGCGAAAACGAAGACGACGAAAUCAACGACGGUCUCUUCGUAGACGACCAUGCCGACGACUCCGAGGCGUCACCGCCCUCGAAGCGUCGGAGAAAGCAGGACGAGCGUCUUCCCGAGGGUGCCGAGAAGGCGGUGGGCGGCGCACGUGGCGGUCACGACCACCAGGACGACGACGACGACGGCGACGGCGACGACAAGAAGAAGAUGGCCAUGGACGUCUCGUUUGACGGCUUUGCCAUCCACGGACGCGUGCUGUGCCUCGUGGUCAAGAGGCGCGACACGCACAGGGCCCCGGCAGCCUCGGGGCGGUCCGCUGCGUCUGCUGCGCCAGGGGCUGCUGCGCCCGCUGGUCAGGCCGUCAUGGAGAACUGGAUCAGCUCGACGCAGAUGCCGAACCCGGGGGCCGAUGUCGAGGCCGUCGACGAGUGA